CAUGAAAGACUCACUUCUGCAAAGAGAGCGUUCACUUAUCCUUGAGAGGCAAAGAGGCCGUUUAGACUGCAGGACAUCAUCAAAAAUGGACACUGCUCAACUCAGAUAUGCAUAUUUAUUAUUCGCCUGCAUUACUAGUAAUGGAAAUUGUUGAGAUUUCAGUGAAGCUUCAUUUGAUUUAAGAAAUACAGAAAGGAACCGACGUCCAACUGGACCAGAAAGAGCAUCAUCCAAACCAACCGCCAUGGAGAUCUUGGAAGGACAUUCUAACAUCACAUCUGAGUCUCCCGUCAAUACCAGCGUGCACCUCCAGGGGGCGCCGUACCUGAAGAAACAUGCCCACCUGGACGAGUCUGUGUACCAGGAGUUCUACGUCCUGUGGGUCACGCUGAUGGUGGUGAACACGCUCAUGUUUGUGGUCGGCGUGGUCCUGAACAGCCUGGCGCUGUACGUGUUCUGCCAGCGGAGCCGCUCUCGAACGACCCCGGCCAUUUACACCAUAAACCUGGCGGUGGCCGACCUGCUGGUGGCGCUGUCGCUCCCGGCCCGCAUCGCGCUUUACCACAGCGGCGGCGACUGUGUGGCGUGUUUCUACAUGCACGCCUUCAGCUACUUCGUGAACAUGUACUGCAGUAUUUUGUUUCUCACUAGCAUCUGCGUGGAUCGCUACAUGGCGGUGGUGCGUUCGGCGGAUAGCCGUAGGCGGAGCCCAGCGGCUGCAAAAUGCGUUAGCGUUUGCAUUUGGCUGUUCGCCGUUGUGGUCACGUACUCGCUGCAAACCUCGGCUCUGGAUUUUAAUGGAGCUUCAUGUUGUCACGUCGCCGUUCUCUUCGUCCUCACAGUGCUGGAGUUCGUCUUGCCGCUACUUGUAAUCGCGACGUUUACGGUCCGCGUUGCCUGCGCACUAGCGGACAGCAGGCUAAUGCCGCAGAGCUGGGGUCGACGCGCGCGUGCCGUCAGGCUGCUAGUAGCCGUAUUAGUGGUGUUCACCGUGUGCUUUACGCCGUAUCACGUGCGCGAGGCCGUGGUGUACUUCCAGCUAGGGGGCAGCAGUGAGCAACACGUUGUUGCGUAUCAUGUGACCAUCACGCUAAGCAGUCUGAACAGCUGCCUGGAUCCUGUGGUUUACUGCUUCGUGCCGGAUAGUUUCCGCUCCACCCUGCGAAGGGGGCAGAAGAAGAGAUUCGGAGAGCAUCCGGUGGCAAUCAAGGGAAACAGGAGCACUAAAGCUGCGGGAACGCCGACGGCCAUCGCAUACAGCGUUGCUACGCUCACGCUCACACCCUGCAUACUGACAUCCAGAGACAUUCCCACCUGACAUAA